GUGUCCCAGAAUAAUUGUGUGCGUUUGUAGCUGUAAUAAGCCAGAGAUGGUGAGAGGAAAGAGUCAUGGGAGAUGGGGAUUUGUGGUGAAGAAAGAAAGAGAAAGAGGGAGGCUCAUUUGAGUAAAGGAAGGGGAGGUCCAGUUUGUGUCAUAAACCAAUGAAACGAAGACAGUGAGGGAGAGGAGAGAGACAAAUCAAACAUGCAAUGAAGCAGAUGAAUGCAGGCCACGCCAAGGAGUGAAAGACAGGACCAGUGUGAAGAUUAAGACCAAAUUUCUCUUACUAGAGUGAGAUUCCUGACAAUCAAACCGUUUUACCACCGCACUUGUCUGAAGGCACCUGUUGAGGCUGGACAGGAGUUGCACUUUUCUCUCAGACUCAGGAGGAACCGACCCAUCGUCGCUCUCUGACCAGCAGCCAUGGGCUCCUUCGUGUGGGGCUGCGUCACUGACUUCUUCACCUACGAGACCACCAAGUCUGUGGUGGUCAAGAGCUGGUCUGUAGGCAUCAUCAACCGGAUCGUACAGCUGCUCAUCAUCUCUUAUUUUGUUGGCUGGGUCUUCAUCCACGAGAAAGCUUAUCAGGUGAUCGACACUGGCAUCGAGUCCUCUGUGAUGACCAAAGUAAAAGGCUUCGGUUACCAUCAAGACCAAGUAAUGGAUGUGGCCGACUACGUCUUCCCCCAACAGGGUGCACGUGUGUUCUGCAUCAUGACCAAACUCAUCAUCACCGAAAAUCAGUUCCAAGGAAGAUGUGCAGAGUUAAUGGAGAAGUUUAAUUGUACCACAGAUGAACACUGCUAUGAGCAUUUUGGCUCCAUCUUUUCCAAUGGCAUAAUAACAGGUGUUUGCCUUAAACCCUCCAAUGACUCCGAGGGUCAGUGUGAGAUUGAAGGAUGGUGUCCAGCUGAGAACGAUAGUGUCAAGAUCUCACCGAUGCUGGAUGUGAACAACUUCACCAUCUUCAUCAAAAACAGUAUUCGCUUUCCACUCUUCGAUGUCACCAGAGGUAACUUUCCCUCCACAAUGACGGCCCAACAGAUCAAGAGCUGUACCUACCAUCCGGAGACAAACCCCUCUUGCCCCAUCUUUCGUGUGGGGGAUGUGCUGAACUACACUGGGCAGAACGUGACUGGCCUGGCAGACAAGGGUGGAGAAAUAGGAAUAAACAUUGUGUGGAAGUGUAACCUGGACCUGGACAUUGAAUACUGUGUACCAAAGUACUCUUUCACACGACUAGACGCACCAUUUGCCAAGAAUGACAUCUCCAAAGGCUACAACUUCAGAUUUGCCAAAUAUUUCAAGACAGAGAAUGGGACUGAUUUUCGGACACUUCACAAAGCAUAUGCAAUCCGCUUUGAUGUUAUGGUCACUGGCAGUGCAGGAAAGUUUGACACAAUCCCAACACUGAUCAACUUGGUAGCUGCCUUCACUUCUGUUGGACUGGGUACGGUUCUCUGUGACAUUAUCUUACUGAACUUCUUGAAAGGGGCAGAUCAGUACAAAGCCAAGAAGUUUGAAGAGGUUUCGGAGGCUCAGAUAGAAGCAUCCCUGGCUCCGAGCCCAGGCAGCCAGCUGUCACUCAAACCAGGUAUCAAGAGCUCCUAUGACUCUGGAGCCCUUUCCCUCGCUACCUCUGACCAACCCAUCUGACUGACAACAACAACAAACUGUAGAAAUGGAUAUUCCUCUCUCUCUUUCCCUUACUGCCUCGCAAGAGAUACAUUAUGCCUUUUCUGGUUGUCAGUAUCCUGCAGUCAGUUUCAGUUUGGCAAGUUUCUGGAAUUGUGUAAAGAAGGACAACAUUGCUGCUGUCUUCACAAAUUCGCAACUAGAAGUGGGAGUCAGAAGAAAAGAACUACAGUCUUGUAGCUCACAACAAUAGCUGGCACACUGGAUCCUCCUAGUUAGCAACAAACUCAAUGAAUAGCCAACUUUUCACCAUUUAAAUAAAACUUAUUUAAAACUACAGUCAUUAAACUCAGAGGGAAACUUUCAGUAGUAAAAAUGUUAUUUUAUUGUAAGCAGUUUCAUUUUACAAGACAUUUUACAGCAUCUUAACUACAAUACUGCACCCUCCUGUUUGUCAGCCAAAAUAUUAAAGCUGAAUAAAUGCCCUUUUCAUGUCGAGUUACCUUUGCUCGAACGAGGCAGAAUUGUAAUGAGAAUAAACUAUUUGCAUAACA